AGCCUAUAGGGUGCGAAUGAUUUCAUGCAAGAAUAGAAGUUUCGGGGCUGGACCCAAGGAGCGGCCUGAGCCCCUGGGGAGAUGUUGGGAGUGGCCGUCCUCAGCCUGAACAACCUAGCUGCCUCGUCGUCGUCACAGCUGCUGGCCGCCAUCCAAGCUGGAUCGGAGUAAUGACUAACUGAGCUUCCUACCGCAGGGCGGAAACAGUUAAAGUCCUGUGACAGCUGCAAUCAUUGAGGCGUGGCUUUCUUGUCUGACUUGGGCCGCACAAGAUCCUGGGACAAGGGGCAGAGGAAGGACGGCUCCGGCGCCAGAGUCUUCCAGAUGGCUGAGUUGGAUCUGAUGGACCCAGGGCCACUGCCUGGGAUCCCGGCUCACCCUCUGACCACUGUCAGCCCAGACUCUGGGUCAGGCAGCCUGGUGGAAGAAGAGGACAUGGGAUCCCUGGAGAGCCCUCAGGAGGAGACGGAGGGACAGGGCAGCGGCUCCGCAGGCCAGGGGGAUCCUGACGGUGACGGGGAGGCGGAGAUCCUAUGUGACUUCUGCCUCGGGACUGGCAGGGUGAAGGCGGUCAAGUCCUGCCUGACCUGCAUGGUGAAUUAUUGCGAGGAGCACCUGCGGCCUCACCAGGAGAACAGCAGACUGCACAGCCACCAGCUGACCGAACCCAUGAAGGACCGGGACCUGCGCACCUGCCCUGCCCACCACAGCCCACUGGUCGCCUUCUGCCGCCCCGACGGGCAGUGCAUCUGCCAGGAGUGUGGCCAGGACGAGCACAAGGGCCAUUCCUCGGUUUCCUUGGAUGCUGCCCGGAGGGACAAGGAGGCUGAGCUUCGAGACACCCAGUUAGAGCUGGAACGGAAGCUGAAGUUGAAUGAAAACGCCAUUGCCAGGCUCCAAGCCAAUCACAAAUCCGUUUUGCUGUCUGUGUCAGAGGUGAAGGCGGUGGCUGAGGAGCAGUUUGGGGAGCUGCUUGCCGCCAUGAGGAAGGCCCAGGCCGACGUGAUGCUCUUCUUGGAGGAGAAGGAGCAAGCAGCUCUGAGCCAAGCCAACAGCAUCAAGACGCACCUGGAGCACCGGAGUGCACAGAUGGAGAAGAGCCGGCAGGAGCUGGAGAGGAUUGCUGCCAUCAGCAACACUGUCCUGUUCCUGGAGGAGUACUGCAAGUUUAAGGACACCGAGGACAGUGCCUUCCCUAGUGUUUACAUCGGACUCAAGGACAAGCUCUCGGGCAUCCGCCGGGUCAUCACAGACUCCACGGUGCACUUAGUUCAGUUGCUGCAAAACUACAAGGAGAAGCUCCAGGAUUUCUCCAAGGAAGAGGAGUAUGAUAUCAGCACUCAAGUGUCUGCUGUUGUCAAGCGCAAGUAUUGGACCUCAAAACCCGAGCCCAGCACCAGGCAGCAGUUCCUCCAAUAUGCAUGUGACAUCUCUUUUGACCCGGACACGGCGCACAGGUAUCUCCGGCUGCAGGAGGACAAUCGCAAGGUCACCAACACCACGCCCUGGGAGCAUCCCUACCCGGACCUCCCCAGCAGGUUCGUGCACUGGCGGCAGGUGCUGUCCACACAGAGCCUUUACCUGCACAGGUACUAUUUCGAGGUAGAGAUCUCGGGAGCGGGCACCUAUGUUGGCCUGACCUGCAAAGGCAUUGACCGGAAAGGGGAGGAGCGCAACGGUUGCAUUUCUGGAAACAACUUCUCCUGGAGCCUCCACUGGAACGGGAAGGAGUUCACAGCCUGGCACAGCGACACGGAAACCCCGCUCAAAGCCAGCCCUUUCCGGAGGCUGGGGAUCUAUGUGGACUUCUCGGGGGGGGUCGUCUCCUUCUAUGGGGUAGAGCCCGAUACCAUGACUCUGAUUCACAAGUUUGAGUGCAAGUUUUCAGAGCCGGUCUACCCUGCCUUCUGGCUUUCCAAGAAGGAAAACACCAUCCGGAUCAUGGAUCUGGGGGUGGAGCCUGAGAAGCCCAUGCCACCGUCCGCCAAGGCUGCGCCCUCUGGUCAUCUCAGAAUCAUGGAAAACCUGGACCCAAGGCUUGGGAAUGCCCCGUAUUUCCGUUGUGAGAAGGGAGACAGUUCUGUCCCCGUGUGUCAAAAGUGCGAAACAUGUGUCUUGGCUUGGAAUAUCUUCUCGACCAAACAGUGGUUCCGGAGGAUAGGAGAGGUGCCCCGGAGAAGGUUUCUGGUGAGCAUCCUGGAGCAGCUGGGUAGCCUCUACUUGCUGCACUAUUUUCAGAAUAUCCUUCAGACCAUGCAGGGGAAGGAUUUCAUCUAUAGCCGGUCCCGGAUCAACCUCAGCAGGAUGGAGGGGAAGAUCGUCAGGUCUUCCUUGAACCAGAUGUUGGAUAAAACUGUGGAGCAGAAGAUGCGGGAGAUCUUGUUCUGGUUUGCAAGAAGCACCCACCGGACCAAGGCGAAUUACACGCUCUUUCUCCUGCAGAUGUGCGACCCCAAGCUGCUGCUGACCGCUGCCAAUGUCAUCAGGGUCCUGUCUCUGAGACAGUGGAACAACGUCGCGGACUACAGCGUGCCGUAUGAGACCUCAGAUGUUUUCUGGGCAGCCAGCACCAAGACUGCAUCCUUCCCUUUGUCCAGAGCUUCAGGAAAAGAAAAUUCGCUUGAAAACAGGGGGGGCGAAGCAUCUAAUACUGAUGGACAAUGGAAGAGCUCCAUCCAGUGCAUUUUCGAGAUGAAUAGCCUGUUUUCCAGAAAAGCAGGCCUGUCGAAGGCCGAAUAUAUGCCUUCCAAUCUGUUGGUUGACUUGGAUGUCGUCAAAGACCUGUCCUCUGGAGUCAGCAAAUACCGGGACUUCAUCCGUUCCCUGCCUGUUCACCUCUCCAAAUAUAUUCUAAGUAUGCUGGAUAAAAACAGCCUGAACAGGUGUGCCUCCGUGAGCCAGCACUGGGCCAUGCUGGUACAGCAGGUCAAGAUGGAUCUGUCAAUGCAUCCUUUCAUUCAGAGCCAUAUUACCUUCUUGCAGGGAUCCUACACAAAGGGAAUCGAUCCUAACUAUGCCAACAAGCUUUUUAUCCCAGUUCCUAAAAUAACGGAUAACGGGAAGUGCAUACGUGUGAAAAAUCAGAAAUUGAAACUGAGAACAAAGAAUGACUACAACCUGUGGGCCGCAUACCAGAACCAGGAAACUCAGCAGGUCCAAAUGGAGGAGAGAAAUGUCUUCUGUGGGACUUAUAAUAUCCGCAUCCUCUCAGACACGUGGGACCGAAACAGAGUCAUUCACUAUUCUGGGGGAGAUCUGGUCGCAGUGUCAUCCAACCGGAAGAUCCAGCUUCUAGAUGUCAUACAAGUAAAGGAAUUACCCACUGAGUUCCGAGGCCAUGCUGGGAGUGUCCGCGCCCUCUUCUUGUGUGAGGAGGAGAACUUUCUACUGAGCGGGAGUUAUGACCUGAGUAUCAGAUCCUGGGAUCUGAAAAGUGGGGCUUGUAUACGAAUCUUCAAUGGCCACCAGGGGACAGUCACUUGCAUGGAUUUAUAUAAGAACAGGCUCGUAUCUGGAGCAAGAGAUUGCCAGGUGAAAGAGUGGGAUAUAGAGACAGGGAAGUGUCUGAAGACAUUUAAACACAAAGACCCCAUCUUGGCCACCAAGAUCAACGACACCUACAUUGUGAGCAGUUGUGAGCGAGGGUUAGUCAAAGUGUGGCACGUUGUCUCGGCCCAGUUGGUAAAGACUCUCAGUGGCCACGAGGGAGCCGUGAAGUGUCUCUGCUGUGACCAGUGGCACCUCCUCUCGGGAAGUACUGAUGGCCUGGUCAUGGCCUGGAGCAUGGUGGGAAAGUAUGAGCGGUGCCUCAUGGCCUACAAGCAUCCAAAGGAGGUGCUUCAUGUGGCCCUUCUCUUCCUCCGGGUCAUCAGUGCCUGUGCCGAUGGCAAGAUCCGCAUUUACAAUUUCCUCAAUGGGAACUGUCUGAAGGUGAUGAAAGUCAAUGGCAGAGGUGAUCCUGUGCUGUCCUUCUUUAUUCAGGGCAACAGGAUGGUGAUCAACACUGAGAGCAAUAUUCUCAUGUUCCAGUUUGAGAAUAUAAAGUGGCAGUACUCCGUGGACCAGGCCAAACAAAAGAAGAAAGAUAAAGACGAGGACAGGGAAGAAAAUGACUUCACAGAAGUCGCCUCCAGGUCUAGCACUCAGGUUUUCAGCCUGAGGGACUCGAUGUCCAGUAAACAAACUGUGGGUCAGGAGUCCCUGUUAAGUAAACCAUACAGGUCCCGAGUUUUCCUGAAUGACACCAGGGUACCUACAGAAGUCUUAUCAGAGGGACCUAAAAGUCAAAGAAAGUCAAAAUCACCCCAGAGAGAUGGCAAGAAGAGAGUGAGUGCUCUUUCUAAGGAAGCACACGGCAUUGAUGGUGGGCAAGAGAGUUUGGAAGCAAAAUCCCUCGCAGGAGAUACAACAAACGAGGACGAGGAGAAAGUUCCACCUGGAGACUUCAUCAGGCGCUCAAAGAAAAAGCGCUGGCAAAUCCCCAUGUCCCCGGACCAGUUCCUUCUCACAGUGAAUGCCCUGCAGCAGGCCCAUAAGUCAGGGGAGUUUGCCUAUCCCCGGAGGCCCCAAACCCAAGUCAUUGAUGCCUGGGGACCUUCAAUUUCACACCCAAGGAAGGUUCUGAAUUUCAAAGGAAUAUCGGUCCAACAGGAAGUUAAUAGGUUGAGACAUAGCAACCCACCCAUCGACGUGAAGCAAACCAGUAUUCCCCUGGAGAUCCAGAAACUGCAGCCCAACCUGAAGAACUCUUUGCACAGUCCCCGAGUCCAGUCCACCAUACCCCAGCCUGUGAUCGUCUACCCCAGAUUUGCUGGUGGCCUUAAGGGAGAAGACCAAGCGACCGGCCCCAUCAGCGGGACAGUGCGUAGCUGUAGCCCUUUAACCAGCCUGCAGGUCAUUAAACCGAACCGCAUGCUGGCUCCCUCCGUGGGCCUGAGAACCAAGUCCCUCAAGAAAGAUCGACCUCGUUUCUACACGACCCUUGAUCCCUUUAGAAUGAACACCGAGUUCAUGUUGUUGACCGUAAAGGAGGAGAAGGAGUAUAGGGAGGCCAAAAUGAAGGAGUUCCAGGCCAGAAAGCCCAGAGACAUGGUCAGUCCAGAAAAAGCUAGCAGAGCUGCCUGGAUCAGGAAGAUCAAAGGCCUGCCGAUCGAUCAUUUCAUGAAGCAAGGGAAGACAGCAGCCCCUGAACUUGGGCAAAACGUAUUUAUCUGAACCAGCCUUGGGAAAUGAACAUCUUAGAAUAAACAGAGAACCCAAGUGGA